AUGACAAAAUUUAAGAUUGGUGUCGCUAUCGGAGUAAUUGUGAUAGGGGUGGGUCUAGCAAGCAUUUACACCCAGAAGAAAAAACAAAGAGCAAGGGCACGUUGGCAUGAAAGACCUCAUAUAGGUCCGGUGAACAGAAUGUGAGUUUUGAUUCACAUAUUUUCGAUGCAUCAAUGAAUCAAUUCCACGUCUUUAUGCAGGUUAAGGGGACAGCAAGUCAGCCUUAAUAUAAUGAGAAUUCAUGAUCAAGAGUGAUUUUACAAGACUCUUCGUUUUUACCCUGACGACUUUGAUCGAUUGUUGCGAAUGGUGGGCAAAUACAUCACGAAAGACGACACACGACGGGAAGUAAUCAAUCCAGCUACACGUCUGGCUGUCACGUUGAGAUAUCUCGCGACAGGUGAAUCUCAGAGCUCGUUAGCCCUCAGUUAUCUGAUUGGAGCCGCAACAGUCCAUAAAAUAAUUGACGAAACAACGUUGGUAAUCUGGAAGGUUCUGGAAUCGAUUGUGAUGCCAAAGCCUACAAAAAAUUAUUCCAAGAAAUUGCCGUAGGAUUUUGGAAUCGAUGGGAUGUACCGAAUUGUUGUGGGGCACUCGAUGGAAAAUUGAUCCGAAUAAAGGUUUGUUUAGGCGAUAGUUAGCGUAUGCAACGAAUUUAUGAAUCGUUUGUUCUCCAUUCUCACACAGAUGCCCCCGUUCUCAGGCUCCGACUAUUUCUGUUACAAAGGAUUCCACGCAAUGAUUCUACUUGGGCUAUGUGAUUAUAGAUACCGAUUCAUAGUAGUCGAUUUUGGAGCUAAGGGCCGCGCAAGUGAUGGUGGUGUCUUUGCGCAUUCCAAACUUGGACGUAUGCUGAAAGCAAACCAGCUGGACAUUCCACCACCACAAUUUGUUCCCAACGGACCAUUACUUCCCUACUUUCUACUGGGUGAUGAAGCUUUCGGUCUAAGUGAAUACAUGAUGACUCCAUAUCCAGGAAGGUCUCUCGGAAUGCUAACUUAUUCUCAGCGAAUAUUCAAUUAUCGCCAAUCAAGAGGUCGCAGAAUCAUUGAAAAUGUUUUUGGAAUGUUUGUCGCCACAUGGCGUAUAUUCAAAACAGAAAUUGACGCUCAGGUCGAGCUUAUCGAACAAUUAGUAAUGUCGGCAGCUUGCCUACACAACUUUCGUUUAAUCAUGAACGAUGAGAGAUCGAACCAGUACACACCCAGACAUUUUUUUGACCAUGAGGUUAAUGGAGUGAACAUACCUGGAACUUGGCGGGAUGAAGAUGUCGAGUUAUGCCAAAUAGCUUCGCAACAUGGUCGUCAUUCAUCUGCUAAGGCUGUACAGUUUCGCAACGAAUUAGCAGACUUUUUUCUAACGUCUGGAGCAGUGCCUUGGCAACACAGUCAAAUUGAUAAAUAACUUAAUUUUAAAUUCAAAGUGCAUAGCGUGCGGUCGUACAUUUAUAUAAAAAAAAU